AUGCUGCAGGGUGACGGUGUGGCAGUCGUGCCCGCAGGCGAGGUUGCAGACCGAGGCGGAGAGGCCGAGGUCGCUCCGGCUCCGGCCGCAUCCGAGCCGGCCUCGUUUGGUGAGCUGCUCGCAAGGACCGGCCCGGUGGAGGCACUCGGUGAGAUCUGGGUUCAAGUCUUCGAGUACUUGCCGACGUCGGACCUGCGGUCGCUGCCGCUGGUGUGCAAGCGAUUUGCCGAGAUGAUGCGGAAUUACUCGAACCAGCUCUGGCGGGCGGUGCUGCAGCGGCAGCCGUGGCGGGAGACGCUGCCGCGCAAGUCGUCGCGCAACCUGCGCGAGUUCUACAAGUUCAAGACGCUGGAGACGACGCGAAACUGGCGCGAGGGCCGGUGCGUGUUUACCUGCCUCUGGGGCCACACUGACUACGUCUGCUGCCUCAACUUUGACGACAAGGUCCUUGCCUCUGGCUCGAUGGACACCCAGAUCCGGAUUUGGGACAUUCAUGGCGACCGGUCGUGCGUGGCGGUGCUAGAGGGCCACGAGGGGACGGUCCACCAGGUCCGGCUGCAAAAGGACGGCACACUGGCUAGCUGCUCGGGCGACCGCACUGUCCGGGUUUGGGACCUCAACACGCAACAACAGGUUCUCUCGCACACGCUCAUGUCGUCCAACUCGGGCACCUGCCCGGUGUACGACCUCAAGUCGAACGGGUGGGGCGAGCUUGUGGUGGCGUGCCACGACGGCUCGUUCCGCUUCCUCGACACCCGCGUCCCGGGUCUCGAGGUCUCGCGAGUCCUCGAGCACACAGGCUCGGUGCUCUGUCUCGAGUGGGACCGCGACCGGUACGUUGUGACCGGCGGGACAGACAAGAUCUGCCGGACCUUUGACCGGCGGAUGAACGCCUCGCUCUGCACCUUUGCCAAGCACCGCCGCGCCUGCACCACCAUUGCCUGGGACGGACCAGGCUCCAACGUCAUCUCGGGCUCGUUCGACCGCACCGUCCGCCUCUGGUCGUGGUCGACCGGCAAGGGCAUCAAGAAGCUGACCGGUCACACAGAGUCGAUUUCCUGCGUCCAGGUCCAUCGCAAGCGCAUGGUCACCGGCUCCAACGACCGCACCCUUCGUCUCUGGUCGCUCAAGUCCAAUCGCUGCAUCCAGACCUUUGGUGGCUUCUCCGGCGACGUCUUCUCGCUCCAGUUCUCCCAGUCGCUCAUGGUCAACGGCUCCUGUCGCACCAUCAACGUCUGGGACUUUGAGGCUCUCGAGCGGUAG